AUGAAUUUCUUUACACUUUACGUAACUUUAGUGUACACCAUUCUCAGCGUGCAUUCAAACUUUGAACCACUUAUAGAAAAAGUAAAUUAUUACAAUCUAGGUAAAUAUAAUAGUCAAGUCACACACAAUUCUAUUAACAGAAACUCUGAUAAGAUGCCUGAAUACGACGACCAACUUCCCGAUUUUCCACAUAAGCAAUUAGAAGAAGAAGAGAGCCCAUUUCACAGAUUUUCUGAACUGCUUAAUUCUGGAUCUGUCCUACCAUUGUGGUUGGUGAAUCCAAUGUACUAUGUAUUUGAAGUGUUCGCAAGGACUGUAUCAUAUUACGUAAACUAA